AUGAACGUCUUUAUCGUUCCGGCAUCUCCCAAGACUGGGCAGGCGACCAUUCGGUCUCUCCUUGACCACCCUUCGCAGCCACACGUAACGGGUGUAUAUCGAGACCUGGGAAGGGUACCGGCUAAAUUUAAGGACCAUCCUCGAUUUAAGGCUAUCAAGGGCGACGUUGCCGAUGUUUCGAGUCUCAGAUUCGCCGGGGCUGACGCCAUCGUAUCCAUCACGCCUCCGCAGUACUCCGAGUCCAAGCCGAUAACUAGAGCACGGGAGAUGGCAGCAAAUGUCAAGUUUGCUAUCAGUAGGGUCGGGUGUUCGGUAAAGCGUCUGGUAUAUGUGUCUAGGAUAGGGGCUCAUUUGGAGCAUGGGACGGGCGAGAUAAGAACGAACUACGAGGCAGAGCAAGCACUCAUCGGUGCCGCACCCGAGGUGGUCUUUGUUCGAUGCGCCUACUUCAUGGAAAAUUGGGCGUCAGUACUUAAGACAGCAAGUGAUGAUACGCCGCAUUUUUCUUCUGUGCUGUGUCCUAUUGACUACGCAAUACCCAUGGUGAGUUUUACCAGGCAGUUCGCCCUAAAUGAGAAAGACACUUUCCUAAGAUUUACAACCAAGGUCUCGGUGAAAGACGUUGGUCGGACAUGCGCCAGGGAAGCUCUCGCAAUAAGCUCGCCGAUGCGACACAAUCCCUAUAUCUUCAACUUAUACGGGCCAGAAUCAUAUUCAACAAAGGACGUGCAUAGAGCGGUUGAAGAUCUAACAUUCAAGUACAACAAGGUCAAGGUCACUCUGGUGGAAGAUGAGCAGCUGGAGGACUUUUUUGCUCAAUCAUAUCGGCCACCGACGGCUGAACUCUUCGUAGAGAUGACAAGGAGUCUCUUGCCCGGAGGGAUUGUAGCCGGGAAUAUGCGGGAGGGACAUUUGCUUCAGAGGGGGAGCGAGACUCUGCGCGAGGUGAUUGAAGACAUCCUCAAGGAAUAA